UGUUGAAUAUGUUUGUAUGUGUAUAUAUGUGUGUGUGUGUGUGUGUUUGUGGGGCGAUUGGGACACUCUUGACUCCCAAUCUAUAGGUUGUUGCAAUGGCAACGGUUCUAUCUAUUAAUGGUCGGGGGAAGUAACUGAACCUGCAGGGUGUUACAGAAAUAUUAAUGAAUUCAUUUUCAAACUCAUUAAAAUCAUCAAUCUUGGCCAAUAGAAAGCUCAAAACUGGUGGGAGUAAAUUUUUGGAAAGAAAUGCUCUUCAAAUUUCCUCACAUAAACUCUGGAUGAGGAAACCCUUCCUAAAACAUCACAGAGUUCGUGACAGGAAAAGAUAACCCAUUUAUUGUUUUCAUUGUUUCCCUAUUACCAUUGCAGCAACAGAUAUUUCAUUCCCAUUGUCCCAUGGUUCCAGCUUCCUCCUUUCUACUACUUUUCCUCUCAUCACUCACAUAUCUACUACUCCACCAUUUCUCUCUUGUAGCAAGUGACCAAGACUUGAUACUAAAGACAUGCCAAAGCACCCAAUACCCUGAGCUUUGUAUAUCAACCAUAAACUCCGAUCCAUUAAGUAACACAUCAACCACAAAAGGUUUAGCAGAAAUUGUGAUCCAGAAAGCAGAAGAAAGUGCUUCAGCCACGUCCCUUUACCUUCUGAACCUACAGUUUAAGAAUGGUGUAAGCCCUGUAUUUCAGCGGAUGGUGAGGUUGUGCUCAGAGAUGUAUGCAAAUGCGAGCAAAGCAUUUGAUGAGUCACGCAAGGCCUUGCGUAUUUACCAAUAUAAUCUUGCGAGGCUGGAGGUGAAUGCUGCGAAGCUGUAUCCCAAAGACUGUGGGGAUGCAUUUAGAGGGACUACAGGGCUAACGUAUCCAGCAAUGUUGGUAAAGAGGGAAGAACUGGUGGAGCAUCUUUGUGAUGUUAUUUCUGGGAUUCUCAAUGUUCUCUUUCGAUUUUGAUUCUUCAUUUUAUUUGUUUUUCUAUAUCUAGCUGUUUU